CAACGGCGCCCGAGCCGGAAAUGACGAAAGCAGUGAGUCCUCCGAGGCGGGGCCUGGGGCUGGCAUCUCCCGGUCCGCGAUUUCACAUCGGAAACAAAACAGCGGCUGCUCGGGAAGGAAAUCUGGGCUGUACGCGGGAGGCGGCGGCGGGGAAAGAACCUAAUCUGGGAGCCUCCACUGACUGCAGCCUGUGAGGUCCUUAGGCAGCGUGGCCUGGCGGAGAACAUAUGAAAGACAGAGCUCUGAGAGGCUGUGUUUUCUGUGACGAGGUGUUUGUGCUCAGUUGCUCCAAUGACAGAGUUGCCUGCACCCUUGUCCUACUUCCAGAAUGCACAGAUGUCUGAGGACAACCACCUGAGCAGUACUGUCCGUAGCCAGAAUGAAAACAGAGAACGGCCAGAGCACAGUGACAGGAGCAGAGUGGGUAACCCGGAGCCUUUAUCCAAUGGCCGACCCCAAGGCAGCUCGCGGCAGGUGGUGGAGCAAGACGAGGAAGAAGAUGAAGAGCUGACACUGAAAUAUGGCGCCAAACAUGUCAUCAUGCUCUUUGUCCCCGUGACCCUCUGCAUGGUGGUGGUUGUGGCUACUAUCAAAUCAGUCAGCUUUUACACGCGAAAAGAUGGGCAGCUGAUCUAUACCCCAUUCACAGAAGACACCGAGACUGUGGGCCAGAGAGCCCUACACUCGAUCCUGAAUGCCGCCAUCAUGAUCAGUGUCAUUGUCAUCAUGACUAUCCUCCUGGUGGUUCUGUACAAAUACAGGUGCUAUAAGGUUAUCCACGGCUGGCUUAUUGUUUCAUCUUUAUUAUUGCUGUUCUUUUUUUCAUUCAUUUAUUUGGGGGAAGUGUUUAAAACCUAUAAUGUUGCUGUGGACUACAUUACUGUUGCACUCUUGAUCUGGAAUUUUGGUGUGGUGGGCAUGAUUUGCAUUCACUGGAAAGGUCCACUCCGGCUCCAGCAGGCGUAUCUCAUCAUGAUCAGUGCCCUCAUGGCUCUGGUGUUCAUCAAGUACCUCCCUGAGUGGACCGCCUGGCUCAUUCUGGCGGUGAUCUCAGUAUAUGAUUUAGUGGCUGUUUUGUGUCCAAAAGGUCCACUACGCAUGCUGGUUGAAACAGCUCAGGAGAGAAACGAAACACUCUUUCCAGCUCUCAUUUACUCAUCAACGAUGAUGUGGCUGGUGAAUAUGGCAGAAGGAGACCCAGAAGCCCAAAGGAAGGUGUCCAAAAACGCCAAGUACAGUGCACAAAAUUCAGAAUCAGAGUCACCCCAAGACCCUGUUCCAGGGAGUGAUGAUGGUGGCUUCAGUGAGGAGUGGGAAGCCCAGAGGGACAGCCACCUAGGGCCGCAUCGCUCCACUCCUGAGUCACGGGCUGCUGUCCAGGAGCUUUCCAGCAGCAUGCUAGCCAGUGAAGACCCAGAGGAAAGGGGAGUAAAGCUUGGACUAGGAGAUUUCAUUUUCUAUAGUGUUCUGGUUGGUAAAGCCUCAGCAACAGCCAGCGGAGACUGGAACACAACCAUAGCCUGUUUUGUAGCCAUAUUAAUUGGUUUGUGCCUUACGUUACUACUACUCGCCAUCUUCAAGAAGGCAUUGCCAGCCCUUCCCAUCUCGAUCACCUUUGGGCUUGUUUUCUACUUUGCCACUGAUUACCUUGUGCAGCCCUUCAUGGACCAGUUAGCAUUCCAUCAAUUUUAUAUCUAGCACACUCUCAACUUGAAUCCCAAAUGGAUGUCUCUCCUUGACUUACAAUAAAUUCUGAACAGGACAGUGGCAAUUCUCCCAUGUCCACACCUAACCAAGUCAAGAUUCCUGGCUGAACUUUUGCAACCUCCUUCCAAGCUUACCUGGCCGCCUGCACUAUCGGACAUUGGCAGGAGGUGGCAACAGAAAAUGGUUCUGAACCCCAUUACAGUAGACUGUGUCCCUUGUUGUGAAAACUCCUGGGUUUGGGAGAAAAGGACAUGGAACGGGUGAGCCAGGAAGUUGUGCUCCCUGAGCAGCGUGGCCCUUGGGCCUGAGUGGUUACCAGCACUGCGCACUCUCAGGACUGCUGUUACUGAGAGGCCCAAGGAAGGGGAUUUAAACCAGAGCUUUUCAGCUGAAACUACAUGCAGAACAUCAACCCACCGAGUGUGUACUGACCUACUGAGGAGAGCAGGCAUCAGCAGCCAGACAGGAAGUGGACAGGAGCUCUGGCUUUCUCUUGGAGACAUUUUUUGCUACUGACUUACCAUUUUUAACCAAGACUUGUUUUGAAGCCGCCACUAUCCUUGGUUGCCAUUUCUUCAUUCUCAGCUGAUAUGAGGUUGUCCAACUGUGUAACCUCAGAUUCCGCAGUUAGUGGUUUGUGGGAAUAAGGCAAGUGUUGGUCAACAGUUGCCCAUCAACCCUAAGUAAAAUCGGGAUUUUCUACCAAA